AUGCAUGCCUGCAUGCAAUUGCCCCAAGGCGGGACCCAGCCACGGUCGGACAAGGCGUGCAUCGGUAGCAUGGAGCAAGGUAACAUCCCCACAGCGUGCUGGGCGCAAACUACAAUGACUGCGAGUUCAGCAAUUAGUACAAAGACUGAAGGUACCACAACAGCUGAUACAACAACAAAACAAACUGGAUCAGCUAAUACAACAGGAACUACAUCACUAGAUACAACGCAAGAAACUGCACAAGCUUAUAAAACAACGGAAGAGACUACUCCAGCUGAUACAGCAACAGAUAAUACUACACCAGUUGAUACAGCAACAAAUGAAACUACACCAGCUGAUACAGAAACUGAAGAAACUACAUCAGCUGACACAAAAGCUGAUGCAACAACUGAAGAAAUUAGACCAGCUGAUGGAACUGCAUCAGCAGAUACAAUAACUGAAGAAACUACUUCAGCGGAUACAACAGAAGAAACUACACCAGCUGAUACAACAACAGAACAAACUACACAAGCUGAUACAACAACAAAGGAAGAAACUACACCAGUUGAUACAGCAACAUAUAAAACUAAACCAGCUGAUACAACAACAGAAGGAACUACACCAGCUGAUAAAAUAACAGAUGAAACUACAGCAACUGAUACAACAACUGAAGAAACUACACCAGCUGAUACAACAACUGAAGAAACUACACCAGCUGAUACAACAACUGAAGAAACUACACCAGCUGAUACAGCAACAGAUGAAAUUACCCAGGCUGAUAUAACAACGGAUGAAACUACACCAACAUAUACAACAACUGAAGAAAAUACAACAAUAAAAGAUACUACACCAGCUGAUACAACAACUCAAAAAACUACUCCAGCUGAUACAACGACUGAAGAAACUACUCCUGAUGAUACAACAACUGAAUUCACUACACCAACUGUUACAACAACCGAAGAAACUACAUCAGCUGAUACAACAACUGAAGAAACUACACCAGCUGAUACAGCAACAGAUGAAAUUACCCAGGCUGAUAUAACAACGGAUGAAACUACACCAACAUAUACAACAACUGACGAAACUACACCAGCUGAAACAACCGAAGAAACUGCACCAGCUGAUACAGCAACAGAUGAAAUUACCCAGGCUGAUAUAACAACGGAUGAAACUACACCAACAGAUACAACAAUAAAAGAUACUACACCAGCUGAUACAACAACUGAAAAAACUACUCCAGCUGAAACAACGACUGAAGAAACUACUCCUGAUGAUAGAACAACUGAAUUCACUGCACCAACUGUUACAACAACCGAAGAAACUACAUCAGCUGACCCACCAGCUGAUGCCACAACUGAAGCUGAUAUAACAACGGAUGAAACUACACCAUAUUACACAACAACGAAAUUUACUACACCAGCUGAUACAACAACAGAAAAAACUACUCCAGCUGAUACAACUACUGAAGAAACUACUCCUGAUGAUACAACAACUGAAUUAACUACACCAACUGUUACAACAACCGAAGAAACUACAUCAGCUGGCAAACCAACUGAUGCAGCAACUAAAGAAACUACAGCAUCUCAUACAGCAACUGAAGAAACUACACAAGCUUAUACAACAACUGAGGGAACUACACCAGCUGAUACAACGACUGAAGACACUACACCAGCAGAUACAACAAAAGAAACUACACCAGCGGAUACAACAACGGAAGAAACUACACCAGCUGAUACAGCAACAGAUGAAAUUACCCAGGCUGAUAUAACAACGGAUGAAACUACACCAACAGAUACAACAAUAAAAGAUACUACACCAGCUGAUGCUGAUAUAACAACGGAUGAAACUACACCAACAGAUACAACAAUAAAAGAUACUACACCAGCUGAUACAACAACUGAAAAAACUACUCCAGCUGAAACAACGACUGAAGAAACUACUCCUGAUGAUAGAACAACUGAAUUCACUGCACCAACUGUUACAACAACCGAAGAAACUACAUCAGCUGACCCACCAGCUGAUGCCACAACUGAAGCUGAUAUAACAACGGAUGAAACUACACCAUAUUACACAACAACGAAAUUUACUACACCAGCUGAUACAACAACAGAAAAAACUACUCCAGCUGAUACAACUACUGAAGAAACUACUCCUGAUGAUACAACAACUGAAUUAACUAGACCAACUGUUACAACAACCGAAGAAACUACAUCAGCUGGCAAACCAACUGAUGCAGCAACUAAAGAAACUACAGCAUCUCAUACAGCAACUGAAGAAACUACACAAGCUUAUACAACAACUGAGGGAACUACACCAGCUGAUACAACGACUGAAGACACUACACCAGCAGAUACAACAAAAGAAACUACACCAGCGGAUACAACAACGGAAGAAACUACACCAGCUGAUACAGCAACAGAUGAAAUUACCCAGGCUGAUAUAACAACGGAUGAAACUACACCAACAGAUACAACAAUAAAAGAUACUACACCAGCUGAUCUGAAACAACGACUGAAGAAACUACUCCUGAUGAUACAACAACUGAAUUCACUACACCAACUGUUACAACAACCGAAGAAACUACAUCAGCUGACACACCAGCUGAUGCCACAACUGAAGUAA